ACUCCCAUCAGCCCCGGAGGCUAGGGGGAGGGGCCCCUCGUGCGUGCAGCAGCCAAUGAACAUGGAGGAGAGUGGGGGAUGGGGGUGACAUGUAGAGAUCUGCGCAGGAUUACAUUGGAGAUAGAAAGAGAACCUGUCAUCAUUAUUACAUGAAAUGUCCUCAUUGCUGACAAUAGAAAUCAUUCGGCUGAUGUCGGUGAUGAUCCUCUUAUUUCCUCUCUAUGGUCUGUUAAAGGACAUUGGAGUCUACAUGGUGUAGAAGGAGAGCUUCAUACGUUCCCCAUAGCCUGUGAGUGCAGCUGAAAUAGAAGAUGAAGGGCUGUACAAUGCAGACAGAGAAAGUCAUCAGCCACAUCCUGGAGAUCAUCUACCUAAUGACCGGAGAGGAAUACAUGAUCGUGAAGAAACCAUCACCAUAUAAGUGCUUUUCACAAGUUUCCGAGGACCUUUGUCAAACCAAGAACUCUGUCCUAGAGAUCCCAGCGGACUCAGCAGUUCAUGUAAGGAGGAACGGAUGCAACCCUGCUUCACGGGCCACCCAUGGCAUGCCAGGAGAAACACAGAUCGAGCCUCUUCAUUCGGCCUUCCCGCCACAUCCUGGUGGUGCCCAUGUGCAAAUUAAGUGUGAUGAUGUAGCAAUGUAUUUGUCAAUGGAGGAGUGGGAAUAUUUGGAGCAUCGUAAAGAAGAAUAUGAAGUUAUGAUUGGGAAGAAUCAGCCUUCUCCUGCAGAUGGACCAAAUGGGCAAUGUUUACAAGCCGAUUAUCAUUCCCAGUUAGAUUCCGAACAACGAGACUGUAACAGUAAUGACACUAUGGAAGAGGCAAAAACCAUAGACUGGAAUUCAGAAAACAGGUUUACAGCCCCUAAAGUACCUUGUUUCGGAGCUUCCAAGACGACCUCUUCACCUAAAAGAGAGAGCGUAGACAAAUUUUAUGGACCAAAGAAUAUGCCAGUAAAAACCUGGGACUGUACACAAAGUAGAGAAUUCUCCGCUUUGCAGAAUAACAAAACUUUAAACCAUGAACUUCUAUCCAACACAUUCUUAGGAACAGAAAUAAAGGACGAAAAAAGUCAAUUUGACUGUGAAGAUACAACAAUAAAGAUCAAUAACUCUGAUCAGGUGGAUAACCAAUCCCUAGACGGUGUACAAAACCUUUUCUCAGGCAUACUUCAAAAAACACGUAACCAUAAUGCAUGGAGCAACCAAGAGCGCUUACUGGACGGCCAUCAAAUGGAGAGCAAUUAUAAUUUAGAUUUUAUUCCACAGUCCUUUUUAGAGAAAUUUCAACACAUGCCCAUACUGGAUGGCCAUCAAUCCAAGAUGGCAGAAUUCACUGUCCCUGCUUUGUUGGACAGUCAUACUUUGGAUCAUGUUCAAAGCCAUUUUGGAGACGUGCUCCAGAGAAAACACAUUACGAAAGGGCCAUCUAAUGAACGAUGCUCAGUAGUUGGUCAAGAAAUCAAGAACCAAGAGGUGAGUUGUCUCCAGAAUGACCGUAGCUUAAGGGUCACAAAUAUUUUUAAGGAUAUACCUCAAAAAACAAAGACUGAACUUAAAAGACUAAAUGGCCAUCAAACCAAGACAGUAAACCCAAAAGAAUGUCCCUUGGAGAACAACGAUACUAAGAAUCUCUCGAACAUCUUUCAGAAUGUGUUUGAAAACGCUCAUAUACGAAGAAAACCAACUUACCAAGAUGAACGCAAGAAAGUCGAGAUCAGUGGCCCUUUGGUGGAGGGCAGUGGUGCUUUGUACCAGCUCGCCAACUCUAUUUCAGAUGGACUUCAAAGAACGUGUAUAAAGACAGAACUAAUCCACCAAGAACAUGCCACAAAUGGUCCUCAGCAGGAAACAAUGGAUACAACGGACUCUGCUGUGGUGGGCAGACAUAUUUUUGGCUGUGACACAAACCCACUGCAAUGUCAUGGCAAGAGAGACUUAACCUAUCAAGAAUGUUCAAUGCGUAGUCAGCAAACCAAGACAGUAGAGUUCCACCGUUCUACUCUAGAAACCAAUAGCAGUUUGAGUAUAGAUUUUCAGCCUUCUACGAAUUUAGAUCACCGGUAUUUAAUCAAGGAACCUGUACAACAUGGUAAAAACGGCACUUGGCAAACAGGAAAAGUUCAGCCCUCCGGUAAGAAACUGAAAAUGGUAUCAUGUAGUGACUGCGGAAAGAUGUUCUCUUGUAACUCCUAUCUUUCAAGACACCAGAGACUUCAUACUGGAGAAAAACCUUUCACGUGUUCCGAAUGCGGCAAGAGCUUCUCUUGGAUGUCAUCCCUAGUGACGCACAAAAGGACGCACCUUGGGGAGAAGCCUUUCACCUGCAAGCAGUGCGGGAAAAGAUUUUCCGAUUAUUCCGGCAUUAUCAAACAUCGAAGGAGCCACACGGGGGAAAAACCUUAUUCUUGUCUCGUGUGCGGAGCGCGCUUUGCACAGACUUAUCAACUUGUCAAGCACCAGGCUGUCCAUUUGGUCGAAGAUGUGGCAAAAAAGACUUAAAACGAGUGUCAUUCUGCAUUACAACUUUAGUCUGUAUGCAAAAAGUUUACAUGCAAGAAUAAUUAAAUGGAAUAUUCAAAUUUGAAGAC